AGUAGAAUAGUAAGUUGAAACUUGUUUGUCAUUUUGGAUUUGUCAGCCGGCUAGCUAGGAUGGAUUUACUUCGAUUUGACGGACGUGUUGCUGUGAUCACUGGUGCUGGUGGGGGUCUUGGUAAAGAGUAUGCUUUGCUUCUUGCUGCAAGAGGAGCUAAAGUCGUAGUUAACGAUCUUGGUAGUGCCAGAGAUGGAGUCGGAAAGUCGAAUUUUGCAGAUACUGUUGUCAAAGAAAUUAGGGACAAAGGUGGUGUUGCCGUUGCUGAUUACAAUUCGGUAGUAAAUGGAGAGAAAAUCAUAAAGACUGCCAUUGAUAACUUUGGCAGAAUUGAUAUACUUAUCAAUAAUGCCGGCAUUUUGCGUGACAAGAGCUUCUUAAAAUUAUCUGAACAGGACUGGGAUUUAGUCCACGCUGUCCAUUUAAAAGGUGCGUACAAGACGACGCAUGCGGCGUGGGAAUAUUUCAGGAAGCAAAACUAUGGCCGCAUCAUCAUGACCUCAAGCAAUGCUGGCAUAUAUGGCAACUUCGGCCAAACUAAUUACAGCGCUGCUAAGCUUGGCUUAGUCGGUUUCUGCUACGCGUUGGCACUGGAGGGUGCAAAGUAUAACAUCAAGGUGAACACCAUAGUUCCCACAGCAGCCUCUCGUCUAACCGAAGACAUUCUUCCGCCUGAUAUGUUCCAGGCAAUGAAGCCUGACCUCAUCGCUCCAGUUGUCGCAUAUAUGUCUCACGAAUCGUUUGAUGGAACUGGUCACGUUAUAGACUCUACUCUGGGUUAUGCAUCUAAAGUCCAUUUCGUGAAAAGCGUUGGUACUCCUCUAAAGAAGAAGCCUUCUGACCCCGUUACCAUUGAGUCUGUGAAGGACUUCUGGCCCAAGGUGGUGGAUAUGAAUGGUGCAAAGCAUAUAGAUAAGAUCGCAGAAGUUUCUAUGGACUUGGCAGACCGCUUACAGGUAUUUGAAAAUCGGGCCAAGUUGGACGGUGACAGAUAUACAUAUUGGAAGGAUUACAACUAUGAUUCCAAGGACUUAUCGCUGUACGCUCUUGGAGUUGGUGCAUCGGUGCUAAACCCUAGUGACCUGAAAUUCCUGUACGAAAGUCAUGAAGAGUUUACAGCUUUACCGACUUUCUUUAUUUUGGCGGGCAUGUGUAUGGAGGCACCUUUAGUGCCAGCUGCUAUGCCUCCUGGCAAACAUGCCGAUUUCACUAACAUUCUCCAUGGUGAACAAUAUAUAGAAUUCGUAGAUGAUUUCCCUGGCACAGAGGGAACUUUUCAAGUCCGAAACUACGUCGUUGAUUUACUCGACAAAGGUUCCAGUGCUGUUGGCAUUGUAAACAGUGAAAUCUUUCAAGGUGACAAACUGUUGUACCGUACCCAGCAGCAUAUCUUCGUAGUGGGACAAGGUGGUUUUAACGGUCCAAGGAAGAGUGACAAUUCAAUAGACGUCCAGCCCGCACCGAAGAGGAAGCCGGACGCUGUUGUCGAACAACGUACUGCUGAAGAUCAAGCUGCAUUGUACAGAUUAUCUGGUGAUUAUAAUCCACUACAUAUCGACCCUAAUGUAGCGGUGGCCAGUGGACAUACUAAGCCUAUUCUGCACGGUCUUUGCUCACUCGGCUUCUCUGUUAGACACGUUUUGGCUCAGUUUGGAGACAACAGUCCUGCUAACGUGAAAGCUAUUAAGGCCCGUUUCGCCAAGCCAGUUGUACCAGGUCAAACGAUUGUCACAGAGAUGUGGGUUGAGGGCAAGCGUGUUCAUUUCCAAUCCAAACUGAAGGAGACCGGCAAUGUGGUCAUAACAGGUGCUUAUGUGGACUUGAAAAAUGUUGGUAAAGUACGUCCGUCUGCUGUUUCCGCAUCUGAUAGUCUCGCUAGUGAUGCUAUAUUUAUAAAGAUAAAAGAGGAAAUUGGUAAAAAUGUUGCAAAGGCGAAAAGUAUCAACGGCGUGUUCUUGUACAACAUAACUGUAAAUGGAAAAACUGUUAAACAGUGGACUCUGGAUUUGAAAACUCCUGAAGUCAUUGAGGGGGUUGGACCUAAAGCAGAUACCACUUUGACUGUAUCAGAUGCAGACAUAGUUGAAAUUGCUACAGGGAAACUAAACCCACAAGCUGCAUUCAUGAAGGGAAAACUCAAGAUUGCUGGCAACAUUAUGCUUGCUCAAAAACUUGGACCCUUGCUCAAGAAUGACGCCAAAUUAUAAAGCCCAGUUAUUUCUUAACUAGGUACUAUAAUUAUAUAAGUGUAAUUUUUAUUUGCAUUUAUCAAUAGUAUUGUUUUCGUUUAGGCAGUUGUCCAACCAUUUCGCCACGCCCUAUCAUUAAUGUAGUAUCUACAAAUAUGCAACUUUACAGGAGAGCGGUUUAAAGAUGAAAAGUUGAAUAAAAACGACAUUUUAAGGGUUAGGAUUACGAAGUUUGGCAUGGGUGUUUUUUAUUCUAUGAUACGUUAAACAAAUAUAAUAUAUUAAUUUAUUUUACUUUAUAUACGUUACAAUGUCACGUGAAGCUAUUUUACACGGUUUUUGAUCGGAAAACUAUGUAUAUUUAGUUAAUUUACCUAGAUAUUUGUGGUGGAAAUAAAUAAAUAUUAUUAUUUAUU